GCUAUAGAAGGUGGAAUAGGAUUGCUUGUUAGUGAUCAAGCCAGCUACUUAGUAACACAAGAGAAAAAGGAAAUCACCUCUGCAUGAUGUAACUAGAGGUCCGGAUUCUUGUGGACGUGGCGCAAAGAUGAUAUCCUCAAAUAUAAGAAAACAACCAGCAUCGUCUAUAAGACAACAGGCUAAUGAUUCUGGGCUUGUCGCGUCAAAUUCAACUGCAAGCCGCUUUCUAGGAAGUAGGCCAAAGGCAUGGAUGCAGAACGCAAGCAUAUCUAGCCCUGCUUCCCCUAUCACGCGCAGACCUUCACGGCUCCUUCCUCUAGCUAAUAAAACCCAGCUAGACCCUAACCUAAGUUCAGAAGCUACUUGUCCCUCUGGAAAUACAAAUGAAGAUAAAAAUAUACCAGCUUUUAAGGAGCCUAAGGGUGCCGCCCCUACGCAAUGUCUUUCGCCAAUAUCACCCAACAUGCUUACUCCGGCUAUAUCUAUCACGUCAGCCCCGGUGCAGCAAGAUCAGCAGGUGCAGCAGUCAGUGCACCUAGCACAAACUGUGGAGCAGACUACCCAACAUCUGCCUUCUCUUAGCCUUAGUCACAGGUCUCAUCCAGCAGGAGAUAUACCUUGUGCCAACCAAGUGACUGCUGACAUUGAAGUGCCGGCUGUGUCAGUCCUUCCAGCUUUAGGGCAUCAUACUACUCCUUCAGUGCAAGGCUCUCACGCUUCUCAGGUAUCUCAGGAUAGUCCUCAAGUUGACCGCUCAACUAUUCCCCAGGAACAUCCGCUCGCUGAGGCAGCUCGGUGCAGUGAGCAGGACGGCGAAGGCCAAGAUAGGCAUCAAAAUAAGCGCCCGCGUCUAACAACCUUCCAACCGCCAACGACUACUUCUCAUUCCACUGCUCCUAUUACUCCUGUUGCUCCUACCACGAUAACCACCGUAUCUACUGCCAGCACCGCCGCUAUUACCGCAGCAACAACUACUGCUUCUGCUCCUCACACACCAACCUUGCUGCAACCGCUGUUACUUACGCCUCUCAUUACUGGAGCGGGUGCAAACCUGCCUGGAAACGCACUACCGCCCCUCCAACAACCGCCAAUAGACCUCUCCCCCCAGGCUUUGAACUCCUGCGCACUGUUCUUAAGUAGCAUCGCCUCAAAGUUUCAGCCAACUGAAUCUACUUUCAUUUACAUGCUAAGGGACGCCUGUAUAAGCUACGAUCUCCAAUAUCUCGCCCUUCAUCAGCUGUACUGCUUGUCCCUCAAAUUUCACGGGUCAUAUCCAGGUAUCGGAAAUUAUGCAACAAGAGGCAUCGAAACGGUUCUAGGCUUGAUUUCUAAUUCUGCAAAACUUUCCGCCACUUUUAUAGAAUACUUCAGUGCCUUCCCUUCCGAUUAUCCGACCAUCGUUUCCCGAAAUAAACAAUACGCGGCUGUGGUGAGCGCCAUUAUAAGCUGGGCGGCUUCUCUGGUAAAUACAUGGCCUCCUUUCUUUUCGAAUGUGAUAAAUCGUGGGUAUCCACCUUUGCUAGACGAGAUCAUAACGUCUCUCGGCGUUCAUUCAAAUGUCAUGCAUGGUAUAUUCUACACUGGCUGCGUUUCGAGACUCGUUGCAAACCGGGCCCCAGGGCUGCGAGAGGCGUGGAAGCAUAUCCUCAAGAAGAAUAUUGAUUCUUAUAAGAAUCGUUUAAAAAGAGCCAAUACCCAGAAUUUUGUCACAGAAGCGCAUAUUCAGAACGAAAAUAGACAACUGGCAUUAAUGUAUCAGAAAAUAGGUGAAAAAUACCCUCCCAAAGGUACACCUCCUGUGCCAGUUGUGCAGCCUGUGGUCCCGCAGCAUUCUGUUUAUCAUCAACAACCCUCCUACAACUCUCCUCCCACGCUUCAACCUCUCCGUUCCAACCAUCCGCUCCCUCCGCGUCUAGUUCCCCCGCACCCAACACCCGGUUUAAUAGUGAGCCAGCAGCAUACGCGCUUCCCAGGUGCUGCCACAACAUUUCCGCCCUUUCAUCAGCCACUCCUGCCAAUCUUCCAGCCGCAACCAUCAACAGAUAACCUGAGUGCCGCAGCUACCUUGACUAAUCCUGCACCUAUAACAAUGCCGGCAUAUGCUCAAGGACUCCAUCAACCAGUGACAGACUCUACUACACUUAUCCCCAUCAUCCCUUGUUUCUUGCCAUCCUACCAGGCUUAUCCAAGUCCCCCCGUUCCACCCCAACCUGUCGGGACGCCACUAUUCCCUCCUCGCAAUGCAAACGCCCUUCCACCUGCCAAUCCGUCUCCAACCGCUAGUCUUCACCUAGCUCACUUAAGGGUUGUCAACGUUUCUCUGCCAAACCCGGCUCUCAGGAGCCUGCAUACCGCACUUCCGCGACACCUUAAGCCGCCUGAUACAUGUCAUAUUACUCAAGGUGUUUUCGAUGGAUGUAAGACUUAUCAAAUUAAAUGUGUGCGUGUUACUGAUACCCAUUCUUUGACCGAGGAGGGAUGGAUGGCUACUGAAUGCACAUGGCCUACGGCCAUUUAUAUCCACGUCAAUGGCCAUGAACACUUCCUCCAGCGAAGAUUUCAUUUUGGAAAGGAUUUACCAGUUUCCAUUAACAGAGUCCUUAAGCCAGGGGACAAUGAAGUUAAGAUCACCAUCAUUGGUCCGCCAGAAGAACACAAGAAAAAAUUCGCCAUAGCAGUGGAAGUGAUAGAUGUGGCUUCAUAUAAACGGACUCGAGAGGCGAUUCAGACUCUAUCACAGCCUCAAUCUCUCGACCUCAUUUUUAAUAGGCUGACCAACAACACAGUUAACCCUGAUGAACUCUGCUUCGUUGAUGACUUCAUAACUAUACCCAUAAUUGACCCUUUUAUGGCUCAUAUUUUUGACGUCCCGGUCCGCACAGUUUCUUGCAAGCAUACUGAAUGCUUCGACCUCAAUACUUUCCUGGAUACAAGGCUCUCUCGUGUAGCAAAAGGGCCUCAUGGCAUGGCAGAGGACUGGAAGUGUCCAAUCUGCAAUGAAGACGCGCGACCAAAACGUUUACUUAUCGAUCAAUUUCUCGUUCAGGUUCGGGAAGAGCUUGCUAAUCGAAAACAGCUAGAUGACGUUAUUGCUAUAAGAGUUCGAGCCGAUAAAUCUUGGGAUGUUGUCAUGCGUAGUACCGGAAAGACCGCCCGAGGCGCCUUGACGAAAGAGGAGGAUGAAGCGACGGCUACAACUACCGCUACCUCCGAUUCACCCAGGGCUACCCAGACGCCUCCUGAGAUCAUUGAACUUGAUUAA